CUGUCGUGAGGUGAGUUGAGGUGUAGCGCUGGGCAGGGGCCGCCGCCGCCCGGCCAGAACUGCAGGAGGACAGCAGGGUCGCCUCGCGGGGCGGCGGGGACGGCGGGUCAGCAGCUGCCGCUUUGUGUCCUCAGCUCCAGUCCGGUGUGCGCUGCUGCAGGGAGGCCGCCCGGGGCCCGGCGAGCCGAAUCAAUGCUGGACCUGGAGGUGGUGCCUGAACGCUCUCUGGGGAACGAGCAAUGGGAAUUUACUCUGGGCAUGCCUCUGGCUCAGGCAGUAGCCAUUCUUCAGAAGCACUGUCGCAUCAUCAAAAAUGUCCAGGUUCUCUACAGUGAACAGUCUCCUUUAAGCCACGACCUCAUUCUUAACCUGACUCAGGAUGGGAUCAAACUACUGUUUGAUGCUUUCAAUCAGAGACUUAAGGUGAUUGAAGUAUAUGACUUGACUAAAGUGAAGUUAAAAUACUGUGGAGUACAUUUCAAUUCUCAAGCCAUAGCUCCUACUAUUGAACAGAUUGACCAAUCUUUUGGCGCAACCCAUCCUGGAGUGUACAACUCCGCUGAGCAGCUCUUUCACCUCAACUUCAGAGGACUGUCCUUCUCUUUUCAAUUAGACUCCUGGACUGAGGCUCCCAAGUAUGAGCCCAAUUUUGCCCAUGGUCUAGCUUCCCUCCAAAUACCCCAUGGAGCAACUGUAAAGCGAAUGUACAUCUACAGUGGAAACAGCCUCCAGGACACCAAGGCUCCCGUGAUGCCCCUGAGCUGUUUCCUGGGCAAUGUCUAUGCCGAAAGUGUAGAUGUUCUUCGAGAUGGAACUGGACCUUCAGGCUUACGACUUCGCCUACUUGCUGCAGGUUGUGGCCCCGGCCUGUUAGCAGAUGCCAAGAUGCGGGUGUUUGAACGUUCAGUAUAUUUUGGCGAUUCCUGCCAAGAUGUUCUUAGCAUGCUUGGCUCUCCACACAAAGUCUUCUAUAAAUCUGAAGACAAGAUGAAAAUUCAUUCUCCUUCCCCUCAUAAGCAAGUUCCCUCUAAGUGCAAUGACUACUUUUUUAACUACUUCACUCUUGGAGUGGACAUCCUGUUUGAUGCAAAUACACACAAAGUGAAGAAAUUUGUCCUACAUACCAAUUACCCUGGACACUAUAACUUCAACAUCUAUCACCGCUGUGAGUUCAAGAUCCCACUGGCCAUAAAGAAAGAAAAUGCAGACGAUCAGACAGAAACGUGCACAACCUAUAGCAAGUGGGACAACAUCCAGGAGCUCCUGGGUCACCCUGUGGAAAAGCCUGUUGUCCUGCACAGGUCCUCCUCUCCGAACAACACCAACCCAUUUGGCUCCACAUUCUGCUUCGGCCUUCAGCGUAUGAUCUUUGAGGUCAUGCAGAACAACCACAUUGCCUCAGUGACUCUGUACGGCCCCCCUAGGCCCGGUGCCCACCUGAGGACAGCUGAGCUCCCCUAA